CUUAAAGUGCCAAUGAGCUGGCCGAAAUGCUGUUGCUGUACAUGGUUAUCGGAUAAAAAAGAGCAAGCGGAAACUCAAAGUUUACAGCUCAUGAAACUCACAGAAUGAAUGGAACGGCUUACUCCAACUUUGACAAUCAAGAACAUGUGCUGAAAUUGGGAGAAACGUUUGAGAAACACCCUAAAAGUGCCUAUCACACAGUGCGAUAUGACUUCAAGCCAGCAUCCAUUGAUACCUCAUGUGAGGGGGAGCUCGAAGUGGGCAAAGGAGAGCAAGUCACUAUUACGUUGCCUAAUUUAGAGGGUUCCAGUGCUCCUGUAACGGUCUUCAAGGGAUCCAAGAGGCCUUACAUGAAAGAGUGCAUCCUCAUUGUAAACCAUGACACAGGAGAGUACAGACUCGAGAAGCUCAACAGCAACAUAGCUGUGAAAAAGACGAGGGCUGAAGGUAGCAGUAAGAUUCAUUCUCGACUGGAGCAGCAGACCAGUCGUCUGGGCCAGCAGAUGAGGAGUAAUAACAGCAGCAGUAACAAAACCCCAGCCAGCACUAAAAGUUCUCCACCAAAAGAGAAGACUUCCCCAGCAUCCCCAAUGGAUGACAUCGAGAGAGAACUGAUGGCCGAGGCUCGAGUCAUGGAUCAGAUGAGCAGCAGUGACAGCUCCUCAGACUCUAACAGCUCGUCGUCCUCCAGCAGCGACGACAGCUCCAGCAGCAGCGAUUCAGAAGAUGAACGUACUUCCACGGCACCCUCAGUCAACCACAGCAUGCCUAUCAUCACCAGCACCGACUCCAACAGCCACCACCACGAGAGUGGAGGAGGACUCAUGAACACGCUCAAAAAUGACCUUCAGCUGAGUGAAUCAGGCAGUGAAAGUGACGACUGAACAGCAGGAGGACACGUCUGCCCGUUCGCAGAUCUCAGGAGCAUUUACAGUGAGGAGUGAAGGAGCCAGUCACAGACCUGUCAGUGUCCUGCUUCCAUGAAUAUGGAACAGUCUUCUCUACAUAUCAAAUGUAAUGUGCUGCUUCUCUGCCAGAAAUCAGUUUUUAUGUCACAUGUGUUGCUUUAUAUUUGUGUGUGAAGAGAUGCCUUAGUUGAGAGCGCUGUGAUGUCAUUAAUGUGAGAGAAGCUGUAACAUAUGAUGUGCACUCUGUGAUGGAUCUCACUGGAUGCCUCUUUGUAGUUAAACCGACCGAGAAAAUGUGAUUGGCAGGAUGACGGUGGUCUUCAUGUAAUCGUCUUAAACAAUAACUUGGCUUCCUCAAUUCAGCUUAGAAACAUAAAAAACUUUAGUUGUGCUUGGAUAAGAUAUAAGUUGAUGGCUUCAGGUCCGUCUCAGCUGCUUAGGUUUGUUUUAUUAGAGACAUAUCUGUGUUAACAGAAAUGAAAGCCACGCUGCUUCAGUUACAUUGAGCCUUUUAUUUUGGUUUACUUAAACUUUUUUUUUUGUAAUUUAAAGUUACAUUAAUUACUUUAUUGUUUGGGCCAUCACACAAAGAAUGCAAGUCUAAUGCAUACAACUCCACGCUUUGCUUCUUAACUCCUGAGAAAUAGGCCAGACUAUCAAAACAUGGGCUGAAAGAUGCUAAAAUGCUCCAUGGAGCAGAACUGAAAAGGUAGGUGAUGAUUAUCUGUAGCUCAGACCACUUUGCAUUGCACUAGUCAUGUAUUCAUUGUUAAAAUAAAUAAUGGUUAUUGCAGCCUGAAGUAGUAGGACGUCUCCAAAACCUUGUGGAUCAUGAUGAUUUAGUAUACAGCUGGGUAUUAUUUCAGGCAAAGUAGUCCACUAUGUAGUUGGCUGACUCAGAGUCAUGCUUUGUAGCUUUAAACCUGCAAUACUUGAAUCUUUAUAUCUCUAAAUAUACUCGACCAAUGAUUACUUGCUUAUAUUUUAUAUUUACCAACUAGCAACUGGAAGUACGAGUAAAUAGUGAGUGUGAGUCUUAAAGAACUUCAUGUGCCUUGUGUUGUUUCCUUCCGCCUUUUAUAACAUGGGGCUUCCUCAUCACUGCUGAGCUGUCGCUACAAGCAACAAGCUGCUGUUUAUGGUCCAGAAUGUCUCUGGCAUCCCUGCUGACUGAUAGAUAUAAUGAGAGAGAAAUAUAGAGAAAUUCAGUUGCAUGUUUAGUCUAAAGGAGAGAGAGAAUUGUUCGAGAACAAUUAUACAAAAAUAAAGAUUUUAAUGCUUUCCUGUGCUUUGGCGUCAAUUUUCAUUCAUGUGACUGCAACGUCUGUAGCUCUUUGUGCUUUGGCGUUUACUCCAUAUUUAAGUGUUGCUGAUCAGACCAGGUGACCUUUUGCAUUGACUUGCUGCCAUAUGAUUGGGUGAUUAAAGGUUUAAGUUGUCAACGACAAGUGUA